GCUUUUGCCAGCUUGCCAUCAUCGAGCUCAUCCAAAUGGCUUGAGGCAGUGCCACGUCCCAUUACGUGUCUUGUCGUGCGCCCAAGCUUCACUGCAGAGGCAGAGAACGAGCCUUAAGAAUCGCCACAUCGCCCGAAAGGAAACGCGCUUCUUUGGCUCCUCAUCGACGUGUCACAAUGGCAAAGCCCAAGCAAGCUGCCGCGGAGCAGCCUCACGGCUACGAAUUCGGAGGCCCGCUGGGUGCUUUUGGAAUCUCCUUCGGCCUCCCCGUCCUCGUCUACCUCUUCACCUUUUCCUGCAACGACAUCUCGGGCUGUCCCGCGCCCUCGUUCCUCAGCCCCAAGACUCUCUCCCUGGAUCAGCUGAAGCUCGAGGUUGGCUGGCCCAAAGAUGGCAUCUGGGGCCUGGCCAGCUGGGAGGCAUCUGGUGCUUUGGCGGCCUACUACCUCCUCAACCUGAUCCUGUACGCGAUUCUCCCCGCGCAAAAGGUGGAGGGUACGGUUCUGCGCUCUGGUGGCCGCCUCAAGUACAGGUUCAACACCCUGUACUCCAACAUGGCCACUCUCGCUGCACUGGCCGCUGGAACAAUCGCCCAAGGCGCAGACUUCCCCGUCUGGACCUUCAUCAGCGAAAACUACGUCCAGCUCCUUACCGCGAGCAUCCUCCUCUCAUACGCCAUCGCCACCUUCGUGUACGUCCGAAGCUUCAGUGUCAAAGCCGGCAAUAAGGAAAACCGCGAGCUCGCCGCCGGCGGAUGCACUGGCAACAUGCUAUACGACUGGUUCAUCGGGCGCGAGCUGAACCCCCGCGUCACUAUCCCCCUCAUCGGAGAGGUCGACUUGAAGGAGUGGUGCGAGCUUCGGCCGGGUAUGAUGGGCUGGAUCAUUCUGAACUGCGCGUGGUGCGCCCAGCAGUACCGCAACUAUGGCUAUGUCACGGACAGCGCCAUCUGCAUCACCGUCGUGCAGGCGCUGUACAUCAUCGACUCAUGGGUGAACGAGGCCGCCAUUUUGACGACCAUGGACAUCACCACCGAUGGAUUCGGCAUGAUGCUGGCGUUCGGAGACCUCGUUUGGGUCCCGUUCGUGUACUCCCUCCAGACUCGAUACUUGUCGGUGUAUCCUCGCUCGCUCGGCCCCCUCGGACUUCUCGCCAUGGUGUCCCUCAUUGGCACUGGCUUCUACAUCUUCCGCUCUGCCAACAGCCAGAAGAACACUUUCCGCACCAACCCCAGUGACCCCAGCGUUGCUCAUCUCAAGUACAUCGAGACCAAGACCGGCAGCAAGCUCUUGACCACGGGCUGGUGGGGUAUCGCGCGCCACAUCAACUACUUUGGCGACUGGAUCCAGGCGUGGCCGUACUGCCUGCCCACAGGCCUUGCCGGGUACCAGAUCCUCGCUGCUGGCACGCCCACCGCCGAGGAGGCCUUUGUCAUGGCCGACGGCCGACAGGUGAUUCAAGGUGACGCCAAGGGCUGGGGCAUGCUCAUUACCUACUUCUAUAUCGUGUACUUCGGGAUCCUGCUCAUCCACCGCGAUGGACGAGACGAUCUCAAGUGCUAUCGCAAGUAUGGCGAGGAUUGGAACAAGUACAAGAAGAUUGUGCGAUGGAGGAUCAUCCCUGGCAUAUACUAGGCAGCUGAGAGCGGCCAGCCGAUUGUCUAGCUCGGAGAGCAAAGGAUCUUAUUGCUUCCGCUUGCCGAGAGAACCACCGAAGUAGUGAGGAAGCCAUAUUGGAAAUGACGGCGAAAAGCCUCAGUGUGGUCAGCAACCAAAAGGCAGACGGGAAUCGCAAGCAGGCUGUCAAUGACGCCCGUUGCGUCUGCAGCCGCCUACGGAAGCCAUUCGGCGUUUCUCGUCGAGAAUGAGAGG